AUGAGCAAGGCACUGCGCAUUCUAGUUCCCGUCAAGCGGGUGAUUGACUAUGCGAUCAAACCCCGCAUCAACAAGGCCUCCACGGGCGUCGAAACCACCGGCGUGAAGCACUCCAUGAACCCAUUCGAUGAGCUCUCCGUCGAGGAAGCCGUCCGCCUGCGCCAGCGCGGAGAGGAGAGCAAGAGCCCGAUGAAGGUCGAGAACAUCCUCGCCCUCUCCGCCGGCGGCCCCAAGACCCCCGAUGUCCUGCGCACCGCCAUGGCCAUGGGUGCCGACCGGGCCUUCCACAUCGACGUCCCCGAGGCGGACGGUAGCCCCGAGCCGCUGACAGUCGCCAAGAUGCUCCGUGGCGUCGUCGAAAAGGAGAACAUCAACCUCGUGCUGCUGGGUAAGCAGGCCAUUGAUGGCGACCAGGGUCAGACCGGUCAGAUGCUGGCUGGUCUCCUGGGCUGGCCGCAGGCUACCCAGGCCAGCAAGGUCGAGAUCAAGGAUGAGGCGGGUACCGUCGAGGUGACCCACGAGGUGGAUGGUGGUGUUGAGACUCUCCGGGCGAAACUGCCCAUGGUCAUCACCACUGAUCUGCGUCUGAACGAGCCUCGUUACGCGAGUCUGCCGAACAUCAUGAAGGCCAAGAAGAAGCCGCUGGAGAAGAAGACCCUGGCCGACUUUGGCGUUGAGGAUACCCGGCGGUUGAAGACCGUCAAGGUCACCGAGCCCCCGCCUCGCAAGGGUGGUGGCAAGGUCGAGGAUGUCGAUGGCCUUGUCUCCAAGCUGAAGGAGCUUGGCGCUCUCUAG